GAAGCUGGGCACUGAGAUGCUGAGCUGGAGUGGGGACCUGCAGCCCCUCGAUCAGCGACCUGCUCUCACCUGGAUUCUCUUGGUCAGACCAUCUGGCUGCCUAGACAGACGGAGCCUGAGCAAGCCCCUUACAGGUGAUUUUGCUGUUUGAAUAUCCCCAAAGCACAUACAAGAAGGCUGUACUAUGUCUUACAGAGAAACGGCGUAUACUAGGACCAGGUGGAGCAGACCUCAUCCCACAGUGCACGGGACCUGGCGGGACCUGGCUUCCCGACGCAGUCUGACCGGCUGGCAAAUCACCAAGGAUGUUAAAGUCUUCAGUGAAGACGGGACAAGCAAAGUUGUGGAAAUCCUAGCAGACAUGACAGCCAGGGACCUGUGCCAGUUGCUUGUGUACAGAAGUCACUGUGUGGAUGACAACAGCUGGACACUGGUGGAGCACCACCCGCAUCUGGGACUAGAAAGGUGCUUGGAAGACCAUGAAUUAGUGGCGCAGGUGGAAAGUACCAUGGCAAGUGAAAGUAAAUUUCUAUUCCGGAAGAAUUAUGCCAAAUAUGAAUUUUUCAAAAAUCCUAUGAAUUUCUUUCCAGAACAGAUGGUGACAUGGUGCCAACAGUCCAAUGGUAGUCAAACCCAGCUUUUACAGAAUUUUCUAAACUCCAGUAGUUGUCCUGAAAUUCAAGGGGUUUUGCAUGUAAAAGAGCUAGGAAGGAAGUCAUGGAAAAAGCUGUAUGUGUGUUUGCGGAGAUCUGGCCUUUACUGUUCCACCAAGGGAGCUUCAAAGGAGCCCCGGCACCUGCAGCUGCUUGCCGACCUGGAUGACAGCAACAUCUUCUCCCUGAUUGCUGGCAAGAAGCAGUACGGUGCCCCCACAGACUUCGGCUUCUGCAUAAAGCCAAACAAAGUCAGGAGUGAAACUAAAGAGAUGCGAAUGCUCUGUGCAGAAGAUGAGCAAGGCCGGAUGUGCUGGGUGAUGGCAUUCAGACUCCUCAAGUAUGGAAUGCUCCUUUACCAGAACUACAGAAUCCCUCAGCAGAGGAAAGCCCUGCUCUCCCACUUCUCAACUCCUGUGCGCAGUGUCUCUGAGAACUCCCUUGUGGCAAUGGAUUUUUCUGGGCAAACAGGACGAGUAAUUGAGAAUCCAGCUGAAGCUCAGAGUGCAGCCCUGGAGGAAGGUCAUGCUUGGAGGAAGCGAAGCACACGGAUGAAUGUCCUAGGUAGCCAAAGUCCCCUCUACCCUUCUACCCUAAGUACAGUGAUUCACAGGACACAGCACUGGUUCCACGGCAGGAUCUCCAGGGAGGAGUCGCACAGGAUCAUUAAGCAGCAAGGGCUGGUUGAUGGACUUUUUCUCCUCCGUGAUAGUCAGAGUAAUCCAAAGGCAUUUGUCCUAACACUCUGUCAUCAUCAGAAGAUUAAAAACUUUCAGAUUUUACCUUGUGAGGAUGAUGGGCAGAUGUUCUUCAGCCUUGAUGAUGGGAACACCAAAUUCUCUGACCUGAUCCAGCUUGUUGACUUUUACCAGCUAAACAAAGGAAUCCUGCCUUGCAAGCUCAAGCACCACUGCAUCCGAGUGGCCUUAUGAUCUCAAAUUUACUCUUGACUAAAGACUAGAGGAAGUUGACACUGGAAUGAAGUAGAGGUCUGUGCAUUGGUUAAGAACACACAUCUUUUCUGCAUCUUCGGAUAUGGAGGAGCAAGAUGGGUUCAUUUGAUGCCAAUUGAUCCAAGAUUGACUAGUUUGUUGGACUUGACGAUUUGCUGCUGCAGCUCCAGCAGGAUCGCUUCUUCCACACUAGCCAAAUCAGAGAGGGCAUGACAGAGCAAAUACAAAUUUGAGAAUAAACUAGAAUGACCAUCUUGACUGGGCUACAUAGGAACAAGAUCAAGAGAGAAGUCAUUGGAAAUGAACUCUUGCCCUGGAAUAAUCUUGACAAUUAAAACUGAUAUGUUUACUUUUUGUAUCGAUUACUUUUUUGCACUCCUUUGUUUUCAACAUUGUAUUCAGCCUACAGUGGGGGGUGUGGCUUUUCAGUGCUUACAAGAAAUGAAGACAGUUGGAUUGGGCGGACUUCAGGGACCCCACAUAUUUCUCAGAUCAUGGUCUCCACCUUCUGAAAGUUGCCAGAGGUGGAUUCAACUCCCAAAUAACAAAGCACCCCCAAUAUACUUGAAGAGUUUCUUUUAAAAUAAAAGGUGUCACCUGUGGUAGGCAUUCGGCAUGGCAUGUGGAUACCUUGGGUCUGUGGAUCACUUUUCUAUGCACAGAUGUCCCAUACUUUUGGUGUUAGGAUGUCUGGUCUUCUUUGGAAAACUCACUGUCCUACAACAUGGCAGAGUUGAGUUACCUCACUCCAACUUAAUGCAGGCCAACCUGCUUGAGACACACCUGGUGCCCACUCUCUGCCAUCAGUGAUGCCACAUUGCCCACCUGGGUGUACUUUCAGACUGUUCUGGGACGAUCACUGCCUUAUCCCCUUUAGUAACAUGAGUCCGUUCAUGGCUGUUUUCCCUCAGGGGACUAAAGAAUCUAAAAAGAAAAGGGUACCUUGUUGGUUGGCUUCUUUCCAUGUCCCCUGUGUUCUAUGGUGAUAGAGACAGAAAUAUUGGAAAGGGCACAUCUGUAGCCCUGUAUUAAAAGGUCUUUGCUUGAUAACCUCCGUCCUGCUGAAAACCUCCAUUUGCCAGCAGAUGAGACAGCUAGAGGCUCCUCUUCUGUUGGCUUAUGAUCACAAGUACCUCACAGCAGUGUGGACAUUGAAAAGUGUUAUUAACACAUCACUGCUUCCCACUCCAGGAAUUGAGUCAGGUGGGGACUUGAGUUGUUACCCCAGUCUCUUCUUCCUGUCCCUUAGCUGAGUUAUCAGGUGUGAGAGGGGCUAUGUCUUUACCUUUGAUCUCUGCAAAGCAGGAAGGACUCCCUUGACAGAGAUUACUGUGGUGAGAAAUGAUUUCCUUUCCUGAGAUCACAGUUGUCACAUUGGCCCCCGGAGAAGUGUGUUAACCACUGGAUUGUCUAAAUUCCCAUCAGCCGUAGUGCCCCCCAAGGAACAUACACAUGUUGUAGGUUAGAACUGUCAUAACGGCUUCAGUGACAUAUAUCUGCUGUAAGUCUAUGAUAUAGAAACACUGUAUUUUAGUUUACAGACCACACUAGCUUUCCAUGAAAUGUCUACUUAUACAAAUGAAGAAUUUUUUAUAAAAUGUGUUUUUAACCAUAAUGCUCAGUUGCAUUUUCUUCCUUUCAUAGCCAGUUUAAUCUUGGAAACCAUUGACCAUUAGGUCAUUCUCAAAUUCAAGCCUGGCCAUGUGCUUCACUGAACUUCACUUUAUAAGACUGACACUUUAGUGACCUUUUUUCUCUUCACUGGUUGGAAGCAAAACCUUUAAAAAAAAAAAAAAAAAAGAUUUCUUUUUUUCUGUUUACACAGACCAAUCUCCAGCAGUGAGAUGAGACUCUUGUGCCCUCUCUGAUAGACAGCUAGUACUGCAGUAUUUCAUAUUUAUAGAUAUGCUUUUUAUUUAAAAAGAGAAAAGCUUAACUCUGACUCACAGUUUUUUAUGUAGCUGGUUCAAUAUAGUCUUUUGUACCUUCCAGCCGAAGUAAUUGUUGGAGCGUGUAAACUUCCCACAGCCCCCACAGCCACCCACAGCCACCCUUGUGCAGGGCUGCAGGGCAUUCCAUCCCAAACAGCCGUCCAUCCUGGCACAGGCAUCAGCCCAGCCAAGGGGCUGAAGGACAUUCGACUUUUAUUUUUGUAUUUAAAUGACAUGAAUGUAAAUGGGACAGCUCAGGGUCGUUUUGGAGCCUGUUGACUUUUUAUCUCUGCCUGUGAUUUUCUUUUCUAAGUAAAAACUCCACAUAGCAGUCUGGACUAAUUUGAGAGGGAAAAUGCCAAAAUGUCUGGGUAUUAGAUUUUAAUAGGUGAUCUCUGUACCUUAGGUGUUAGAAUUCCAGAACUUCUUGUUUGUUUGUUUGCUAAAUCCUGAAGAAAUAUGUGCCUCAGUCUAGGUGUUUUGUCUUCUGUUUUCUGCACUUAACACCUGGCAGUUUGAGUAAGCAGCACUCAGCCAGGGGUGAGGCUGGUAUGUCAGUGCAGCUGCAGUGCCCAUGUGAAUGUGUGCAGCGAAUGCAGGGGGUGUUAACUUCAGAGACAAAACCUUUAUUCCAUGUGCUCUGCUCUGCUUUAUUCUGUACAUAGCUCUUUGACUUGUGUACUUAAUUGUAAACUUUCAAGUAUUUUUGUACAAAUAAGGGAAUGAUGUCUGUUUCUUGUAACUAGAAAUAAACAUGAAUACAGUGUUCUUCAUUUUCUAGUGCAUAUACUGUCUGUUUAUAUAUUUUAAAAUACUCUGGUAAAAAUAAAAAAAAAAACAUUAAAAACC